AUGUCCAUGUUGGACGUAGAAGACGACAGCUUUCACGUCACCUGUGAAGGCUACUCCCAUCUGAGUGAAUCAGAAUGGAAGGUAUUCGACCGCAUGAGUGUGAUCAUGGGCUUACCCGCCAUCAGUGGUAUAUUGGAGUCUCUAAGCAGAGACCAGCAACAUGCCGCUAUCUACAAGUUCCUACAAGGUAAACUUGCCGUCGAAAGACAGAAGGUAGCCUUGCUGCAACAGCAAGACUCUCAUCAGUCAAUGGGCGGGCCGACGCACAUGCGUCGACCCGAAACCUUGAAGAUAGAUAUCUCAAGGUACAAGGAAACCGAUGAAGAUUCCCUUUUGAGAUGGUUCGUCGAGUUAGAUGAUGCCAUCAGGGCCCGUCACAUCGAGGGUGACGAGAUGCAAGUCACCUUCGCCCUGUCAAACUUGACAGGACGAGCAAAGACUUGGGCCUUAGGGAUUAAGCUUCACAACCCAAACGUGUUUGAGUUGUUGGAUAUCCGUAAGUCUCGUCUCAAAGAGACAUUUGAGCCGACGAGAGCUGAGUUCAGAGCACGCUCUGCACUCUUGAGGCUAAAGCAAGGUAAGCAUGACGUGCACGCUUACGCACAACACCUACGCUACCUUGCGAGUAGCGCCACGGAAAACCCUGUUGAUGAGCACACGCUCAUCUAUGUGUUCAUCUACGGCCUUGUGGGUGUGUCGGUGAAGACCUACAUGUUCGAAGAGGACUUCUAUUUGCUGGAAAAGGCGAUAGCGUAUGCGGAACAAGAAGACUUCAGCCUGCGACAGUCUCAGGCUAACUCGUCAAACUAUCGUCCGACGAGACGACAGGAAACAGGAGCGAACGGCAAGAUGCCAUCGCUUUCAGAAGAUUGGGAACUACGCUCAUGA